AUGGUCGUUAGCGUGCGGUGCAGAAAGCCUCUUUCGUAAACAACUACUUUUGCCUUUGUUUAAACAUUAUGAGAACUGAAAUAGUCAUUGCUGUGUUACUGUUGGUUCAUCAUUCUAUUGAAAAAGUUUCCAGAAAAGAUGAAAUUCAACCACCAGCGUUUAUCACAGAACCGCCAAGCCAAGUGACUUUUCUCAAUUCCAGCGGAGAGGGCGUCUCAUGCUUAGUGACCAGAAGUCCGUCUACGGUCGUGACGUGGACAAAAACGGACGGAUCUUCAGUCGUAGACAUUCCUGGUGUUCUUUAUGUCCGAUCGGAUGGAGCACUGUUUUUUCCACCAUUUCAUCCAGGUGAUUAUAGGCCAGAGGUACAUAAUGCCAUCUACCGGUGCGUUGCUAGCAACAUAAUUGGAAGUGUGGGAUCAAGAAACGUUCGAGUUAGAGCAGUCGUGCCGGAGCUGUACCAGGUGGGCGUGUUCGACAGUUUCGUGACAACAGGCAAUACCGCUGUUAUCAGAUGCCAUGUUCCCACAGGCACGCGCCAUUACGUGACGGUAUCUGCUUGGUUGAGCGAUGACCGGCAUGCCAUUCUUCCCACUGCUGACCCAAACUUUGGUAAGAAGUACUUGGCCUUCCCUACUGGAGAACUACAUAUUCAUAAUGUUCAAGAUAUCGACGAAAAACGUCGUUACAAAUGUCAGGUGAAAAAUAUUCUAACUGGAGAAAAAACAGAGAGUUUGUCAUGGGCCAAACUCGUUCUUACAAAACCUAGUAGCACAUUUCCGCCUAGAAUCCAAGAAGAAAACAGCGUAGUGGAAGUGCACGAAAGAGAAAUCGCUAAGUUGCCAUGCGCGGCGCAUGGCUAUCCUACACCAGAAUAUAACUGGUAUCAUCAUGAUGGUCACACCCUAAGUCCGGUUAUUCUAGGGUCAAGGGUCACCCAAUUACACGGGACGUUGAUACUACGAGAUGCAAGUAUUCGUGACAACGGAAACUAUGUAUGUGUUACAAAAAAUUCCCAGGGACAACAGCGAACAGAAAGAACUCUUACAGUCAGAGCACCCCUGAAAGUGGAAAUUAAUCCAGGGUCUCCUAGAGUACGUUUCGUAAAAUAUGGUGAACGAGUGUUAUUGAACUGUAAUGUUAGUGGAUAUCCUGUGGAAACCAUUUUUUGGGUGAAAGAUCAGCGUCCUCUUCCUGUAAAUUAUCGUGUAAGACAAGCCCCUGAUCACAACCUGGAAAUUUCGUCCUUUGAAAAAGAAGACAGUGGAAUAUAUCAGUGUUAUGCACAAAAUAAUCGAGAUUCUGCUCAACAUUUCAUCGCUUUGAAGCUGGAAGAAAAACCACCUACGUUGACAAAACAUUUCACGAGCAACUACUUAUGCCUGGGAAGCCGGUAUCUCUCAAGUGUGUGACUACAGGAUCGCCUCUCCCUCAGGUGUCAUGGACGUUAGAUGGCGCUCCUCUGCCCUCAGAUCGUCGAAUACAAACUGGAGACUUUGUCCACAUGGACGGAUCACUUG